AUGGGACUUGAAAGUUGCAUAACUCAGGCAAGAUUCAAGAAGGUCUCUGUCACAAUUAUGGGGUUAUUUUUUGUGUUAACUACUCCGGUGGGGAUUGGAAUUGGCAUAGGAAUCACUGAUAUUUAUGAUGAAAACAGUCCCAUUGCGCUUAUUGUGGAAGGAAUCUUCAAUGUUGCAUCGUCUGGAAUUUUAAUUUAUAUGGCACUUGUUGAUCUUCUUGCAGCUGAUUUUAUGAGUACAAAGAUGCAAAAUAGUGGUAGGCUUCGAUUAGGAUGCAAUGUAUCUCUUCUUCUUGGAGCUGGUUUUAUGUCACUUAUAGCUAAAUGGGCUUAA